AUGGCUACUUCUCCCAUCUUCAUCCUCCUCGUUAUCCUAACCUUUUCAUCAUCAACUCUAGCCUCAGCCAAAUCCAACACCACCACAAUCGAAGCAACUUGCAAGAACACAAAGUACUACAAGUUCUGCGUCUCAGCCCUCAAAUCCGACCCAAGAAGCCCUAGCGCUGACGCAAAAGGCCUCGCCGCCAUUAUGAUCGGCGUUGGUAUGACAAACGCCACCGCCACGGCCACUUAUCUCGCCGGUAACCUUACCGCCGCCGCAAACAACACCGUCCUUAUAAAGACCUUAAAAGAUUGCUCCGACAAGUAUACUCUCGCCGCUGAUUCUCUCCGGCUCACUAUUCAAGAUCUUGACGAUGAAGCUUAUGACUAUGCUUACAUGCAUGUGCUGGCGGCGGAAGAUUAUCCAAAUGUUUGUCGGAAUGUUUUCCGGCGAGUUAAAGGUUUGGCUUAUCCGAGGGAGAUUCGCCGGCGUGAAGAGAGUCUGAGACGUAUAUGUGGUGUUGUCUCCGGGAUUCUUGACCGGCUUGUUCAAAUAUCUUAA